AUGUCGCAGCGUCUGUCAUUCCCUUUCGGCCCCAAGCGCCGAGUGUUACCUGGACAACGUGGGGAUGACUGUACAGACUGUGUAGCAGACUUCAAAGAUUGUGUACAAGAAUGUUUGCGUGAAUACGACUGUACAACUAAGAAAACUAAAGAGGGAUUUUGCCCAAUCGGCGAUCCACGGCCAAGUAAAUGUUCUCCGUCUCCAGUAUUUAAUGUUUGUGACAGUGACCAGGACUGCCCGGGGACAAAGAAGUGUUGUGAAGACGGAUGUUCCAAAGUUUGUGCUGUUUCUCUUCCACGACCGCCUUCAAAACACCCGUUAAAAGAUCGUAGUCGACCACCGUUCUUCGGAUGA